UCCUCUGACUGGCAGCUCGCAGUCAUGAUGCUGUGGAGUUCAGCGGUGCUGGUUCUGCUCGGACUCUCUGGGCCUCUGUGGGCUCAGCGGCCGCCUACAGUGUCCGUCAAUCUGGACCUGAGUCCGGAACAGCGAUGGGAGCAUCUUCAGGAAGCUUUUGAUACAGAUUUAAUGAAAAAAGCUGCGCAAAUCCUCAUUAGUUCACAGGUUCCAAACUGGUUGCAUAAAGCAACGAGCCCUAUUGUGAUGUCCCUGGAAAAACACAUUCCCCAGCCGUACGCUGGGGAAAUCCGUGGAAUAGCCAGCGUGAUGAAAAUGAACCUCGCUGACGUCGUCAUCCUCAACUUUGCGUAUGAAUUUACCGCUUACUGCACAAGCAUCGUGGCUCAGGACAAGAACGGGAACAUCUACCACGGCAGGAAUUUUGAUUUUCCACAUGCAGUUCUGAGGAAUCUGACCAUGAAUGUUGUCUUCUUCAAAAACGGAGAGCCAGCGUACUUUGGAACGUCAUUGGCCGGUUAUGUGGGGCUAUGGACCGGAAUGAGUCCAUACAAGUUCACUGUGUCUGGCAACCAGCGAGAAACGCAGGUUUGGUCAAACUGGUGGAAGAAUGUUGUGUCUGCCAUCUUUGACCACAGUUUCCCGGUCAGCUGGCUUAUUAGGGUGACCCUGGAAGAGGCCAAAGACUUUGAGGAUGCAGUCACGCGUCUGUCCAAAACCCCCCUCAUCACCGGGGUGUACUACAUCGUGGGCGGCGUGCGAGCGGGGGAGGGUGUCAUCAUCACCAGAGACCGAAAGGGCCCCGCUGACAUCUGGCCCCUGGAGCCUUUAAAUGGAGGAUGGUACAGAGUGCAGACGAACUUUGACCACUGGCUUCGUCCGCCUAAAAAAGUCAAUCGAAGGGAUGUAGUCAUGAGGAAACUGGAUGCCGUGGGCCAAAAUCGCAUAUGUAUGGAUAAACUUUACCAGGUUCUGUCUCUGUCUCAUGUGUGCCUCAGAACUACAAUCUACACAGCACUCAUGAGUGCAGCAACCCCAGAGGAGUACACUGCAGUUCUCAGACAGAAGGGCUGCCCGAAGAAGACAAAAAGGAGCAGGGAGUGAUGAGUGAAUGUUUGAAAAUAAAAUUAAUACAACUCUUACAGGGACA